CCAAAAAUUGAUUCUCCCAUUAAACUCGCAAUGACCCCUUAGAAACUUUCCCAUUCAACACCGCCCUUUCUGUUUCUCUGUGCUUCAUCCAAUCACCAUUCAAGAUGGAAUCGACGGCCCAAAAUCCACCGCGAGAAUCCCACAUCCCAAACCCAACCUGAGACUUGGACGACACGCCGAACCAAACUCAUAACACCUGUUGCAGAGGAUCACCGAGGUUCUCAUCCAGUUCCAAUAAGGUCUCGCCGCGUCACGAGUCCGUCCUGGGACGCUGACGUGGAGGUCAGAAACAGGGUCGAAUAGAAUGGGACGAGAGUAUGGUGUUUGUGGAUAGCGUCUGUCUCUGGGUCUGUUUGAUGAGACCUUGAGAGUCUGUUUCUUGACACCAAAGUCAUUCAAAAAAUUUGAAACCCUUUGUUUUUUUUAUGUCCUUUGAUAUUUUGUUGGAUAAAGAAAAGCUUUUGAACUUUUUAUAAGCCCAACAGAGAGAGAGAGAGAGUCAAUUACUUCCCAUAUACCAGAAUUCUCUCACAUCCCAAAUUAAUUCCCUAAAACCUCAAACUCUCUGAGACUCUGGCUGGAUUUCAAUGGCGGUGGCCAUGGCCCUUGAAGAACAGGGCCGGCGUGUUAACAAGAGAAACCAUAAUUUGAGACAAAAUCAAGGGAAGUUACUUAUUGGUGCCAAAGUUGAGGUGAGGAGUGAAGAAGAAGGGUUUCAGGGCUCAUGGCACCCUGGGACUGUCACUGCAUGCACCAAAGGUUGUCGUAAAGUAGAAUACGAUCAUAUUCUAUGUGAUGAUGGGUCUGCUAAUCUUGUGGAUGCUGUUUAUGUUUCUCCCAUAUUGGAUGGCAUUGAUUCUGUAACUGAUGAGCAGAGUAAUUACCAUCGCGGAAGUAUAAGGCCAAAGCCGCCUAAGAUUGAGGUAGGGGGAUGGGGUCUUCCCUAUGGAAUCUGUGUGGAUGUGUAUCAUCAGGAUGCAUGGUGGGAAGGUGUGGUUUUUGAUCAUGAAGAUGGUUCAGAAAAGAGGAAGAUCUUCUUUCCGGAUUUGGGAGAUGAACUGACAACUGGAAUUGACACUUUAAGAAUUACUCAGGACUGGGAUGAGGUUACAGAGAAUUGGCAGCGACGUGGGACUUGGAUAUUUCUUGAGUUGAUUGAACAAUAUGAGCAAGAGAGGUACAUUGCUGUCUCUGUGAAGCAAGUUUGGUAUGAUGUUCGAUUAAAAGAGGGCUUUGAGAAGGUGAGGCAGUGGACUUCUCCAAUGAGAUAUCUAUGGGAGGAGCUGGUGUUGGAGGUCAUUGAUGAUAACUUACGCAUCACCGCGGAUGAACUUUUUCGGGUGUUAGAAGUGUCAGGAUGCUUGUCAAGAGGAUUCCAGGUAGGGUUCGAGUCAGCUCAAUGUGUCUUAGAUGCUGAUAUGAAUUCUAAAUCAUAUACCACACACUCUCUUGCUAUUGUACCUGUUGGCAACACAUUGGAUAGUAAUUUGUUAGUUGAUCAUGAUGAUUUUAUGAAGAAUGUAUUGGACUGUAGGGCUGACAUUGCUGAUGAACAAAGUGAAGGUUUGUCGAUCAUUCAAAGGACCUCCCGACAAAGCUUCAAUGGAACUUCUUCUGCCAAAUCUGAUAUUAGCAAUGAUGGAAUUUGUGUUACUAAAUCCAAAGGCAGAAGAACAGCAAAUUGGCUACCUGUGGAACUUCAUAAAGAGUCUUGCCCUAGCGCUGUUGGUAAGUACAUGUGUAAGGGAUGGCUGCCUUCAGGGGAGUUACAAACAGCUGUUAGGAAGCAUCUUUUAUAUUUGGGUUGGAAAGUAGAGUAUAUGAUAGAUAAGGGCAGAAUGAGAUACCGUUACUUGUCGCCUCAUGGAGAACCCGAAUACUCUCUAAUUAAAGUGUGCAGUAACUUGAGAAAGUCCUCGAAAGAUUCACAAUUUGCAAUCUCUCAAGAUGCACCUCAGUGUUUGCAUGGUUCACCUGGGCAGCUUCUUGUUACUGAAGAACCACAAGAGAUUCAGCAUCCUCAUUAUUGUCCUCAACAGGUAGCGUCUCCUUUUUCCAAUUCCAAGUUACAUCCCGAGGUAUUUAUUUACAAACCCGAAUAUUGCCCUCAAGCAGUUGUGGCAUAUGUAGACUCUCCCAUAAGGGGACCCAGAAGUUUGAAAGUAAAAACAAUGCGGUCUAAAGCAAAGAAGCACCUCUCUGCCGUGGGGUGGGAGUUCUACUACUCAGAAAUAAGAUCAUCAAAUAGCUUGCGCUUCAAAUCUCCCAAUGGAAAUGUAUACAACUCACUUCUGGAUGCCUGCAAAGUCUGUAUGGAUGAAGAAAAUUCUGAAAGAAGACCUGCUGAAUGCAGGUAUGUCAUUGACGAAGAUGAGGCCCACUUAAUUAAGAAAAAAAUAUUUUCUGUAGCAAAUAGAAAAUGCAAAAGGAAUAGAAUUUGUAGCUUGUUAAACAGUGGACCUCACUUGCUUCACGAAUGCCCAAAGGAUCAAUGUGCUAACCCUCCAAAGUUGAAAAGGCAAAAGGCAUCUGCAUCUUCCUCUGGGUUUAGAAAUGGUUCUGGUGUUAGUCAGCCAACUCGUGUGCUCAGGUCAAGAAAACGAGUCCAGGAAGUGGUUACUCCUACUUCCACACACCAGAAUCCCCGCACUGUCCUAUCUUGGUUGAUAGACAAUAAUGUGGUUUUGCCAAGGGAAAAAGUACAUUAUUGUAGCAGAAAGGGUGGUCCUUCAAUGGCAGAAGGGAAAAUAAGUAGAGAGGGGAUCAAGUGCAGCUGUUGCCAAAAGGUGUUUACUCUUAGCUGCUUUGAGAGUCAUGCUGGCUUCAAUGAGACUCAUGCUGGCUGCAGUAACCACAGACCUGCUUCCAAUAUUUUUCUGGAUGAUGGUAGGUCUCUCUUGGAUUGCCAGAUGCAAAUUAUACUUGAAAGAAGGAAGAGGACUUGCAGAACAGAACCACGCCAUAGGAUGAAGGGAAAUCAAGUUCGAGGCAAGAGUGAUUACAUUUGUACUGUGUGUCACUAUGGUGGUGAUUUAAUCUUAUGUGACGAAUGUCCGUCAUCAUUUCACAAGAGUUGCGUUGGGUUGCAGGAUGUUCCAGAUGGUGAGUGGUUCUGUCCAUCUUGCUGUUGUGGAUUAUGUGGCCAAAGAAAACUCAAAGAAGACAAAGAACCUAUUAUGAAUUCUGAUUUUCUCACAUGUGGUCAAUGCGAGCACAAAUAUCACACUGGGUGCCUGAGAAAAGGAGAUGUGGAUAUGUCGGAAAGUGAUUCAAAAGGAAAUUGGUUUUGCAGCAAGAAUUGUAAAAAGAUAUCUUUGGGCCUCCACAAGCUUUUAGGGAAACAAUUUCCGGCGGGUGUUGGCAAUUUAACUUGGUCACUUCUGAAGUCCAUGAAAUCUGAUAGUGAUGAUGCUACUGAACCUGACAAUGAUGCCAUAACGGAGAGUUUUAGCAGGCUUAGUAUUGCCCUUGAUGUGAUGCACGAGUGUUUUGAGCCUGUUAAGGAACCUCUUACCAGGAGAGAUCUUGCAGAAGAUGUCAUCUUCAGUAGAGGGUCAAAUCUCAAUCGCUUGAACUUUCAAGGGUUCUAUACCAUGCUAUUGGAAAGAAAUGAUGAGCUAAUCACUGUGGCUACUGUAAGGAUCUAUGGAAAGAAGGUGGCCGAAGUACCUCUUGUUGCUACCAGAUUUCAAUAUCGUCGACUUGGAAUGUGUCGUGUGUUGAUGAAUUUACUUGAAAAGAUGCUUAUGGAUUUAGGUGUGGAGAGAUUGGUUUUGCCCGCUGUCCCCAGUGUGCUAAACACAUGGACUACUGCAUUUGGGUUUUCAAGAAUGACAGAGUCUGAGAGGCUACAGUUUCUGGAUCAUACUUUCCUGGAUUUUCAGGAUACCAUUAUGUGUCAGAAACUUUUAAUGAAGAUCUCUCCAGCUGAACCAAGCCUGUUGAAAGGAACACAGCCUAAUAUUUCUGGAAGUGGUGAUAAUAUUGAUCUUGAUUGGUCCAGUUCUGUCUCUGAAGUGUGUCAACUGGAACAAACAGAGGAUAGCCAAACCGUAUUCCAGGGACUUGAAAGUGCUGCAGGGAAAAGGAGAGCAUGCGUUGAUAAGAACUGUCCAGAGUUCAAGCAGUACAAGCGAAUGAGGAAAUCAAAUUUGGCUGCCAUAGUUAUUUAGACAGUAAACAUUUAGAAGACGGGAGAGCUCAUUGGCUGUAGUUACGUACCUAUGGCUGCCUGUAUUCAUUUUUCUUAAGUUAGCUCAUAAUUUAGAAGGGGAAGGUGUAAGAUGUAUAUUUCAUGCAUAAAGGGGUCCUUUGUCAAUGAAAUGUUGGGUAAUGCAAUUGGGAUCAGUCUU